AAAAAGCAGCUGAAAUUUAUGAUUCAGGUGUUGCACACAUUGUAACUAGAAAACUUUUGGAUGGAGGAAAGGAGAGUCCAACGGCAGAAAGCACAAAUAAUGAAGCUGACUCAGAAAAUAUGCAAACAUCAAGUAAGAAGGAAACAAGACGUGAGGAUUCAGAAUCAAGUGUAAAGGAUGAGAAAAAAUCUAAAUCAGUCAAACAAUUAAUAUCAUUGUUUAACAAGUCGGAGGUUCAGUCUCCCACUAAUGAUGUAAAAGAAGUAGUUACAUUGGAAAAAGAGCAUGUAGCUGAGCAUGUUGAAAAAGACCAUGUACCUGAGCAGGUUCAGAAGAAAAUAGAGGACAAGCUGGAAAAAACUGUGAAAAAGAAGGAAACAUUAGGAAAAUGGCACAGAGCACAAGAAGGGACCUUUAACAUUCUGGACUUUGGAGGCCAACUCAUCUACAAAGGCAUACAAAGG